AUCUCCAAUCUCCCACCCCAAUGAUGACCACCACACAGCCGGAAGGAAUGCACCACUAAAUUACACUCAGAUGGGAGGUGGGUGUUCCCACCCUUUGCGUCAUGGAUGAUGCAGCUGUGCUUAAGAAGAAAGGUUAUAUUUUGGGGCAUACUCUGGGCGAGAGUUCCUUUGCCAAAGUGAAAUCCGCCUACUCGGAGCGCCUGAAAUUCAACGUGGCCGUGAAAAUCACAGACCGGAGGAAAGUCCCAAACGAGUUCCUGGAAAAAUUCCUCCCCCGAGAGUUGGAUAUCUUGUCGAUGGUGAACCACUGCUCCAUCGUCAAAAUCUACGAGAUCUUUGAGACGUCCGGCAAGGUUUACAUCGUGAUGGAGCUCUGUGUGCAGGGAGACCUCUUGGAGUUCAUCAAGAGCAACCAUGGUCUGCCAGAGGAAGUUGCCUGCCGGAUGUUCCGCCAGCUGUGCUGCGCCGUCAAAUAUUGCCAUGAUUUAGACGUGGUGCACAGGGACCUGAAAUGCGACAACGUCCUCCUGGACAAAGAGAUGAACGUCAAGCUGUCGGAUUUCGGGUUUUCCAAGCGGUGCUUCCGGGACGGGAGCGGGAAAAUCAUCCCCAGCCAGACUUUCUGUGGCUCUGCAGCUUAUGCCGCUCCUGAGGUCAUCCAAGGUAUCCCUUACCACCCCAAAAUUUAUGACAUGUGGAGCUUGGGCGUCAUCCUGUAUGUCAUGGUCUCUGGGUACAUGCCCUAUGAUGACUCCAACGUCAAGAGGAUGCUGCGACUGCAGAAGGAACACAGAGUGCUCUUCCCAGAUUCCCUGAGCAUGGAAUGCAAAGACCUUAUUUUCCGCAUGCUGCAGCCUGACGUUUCUCACCGACUACGGAUUGAAGAUGUUUUGAACCACCCCUGGGUGCAAGGGAAGCGCCUGAAGGCCCGCAUCUUGUAAGAGUAGCUAGCUGGUAAAGGGGAAACAUGAACGAUCUUGCUUUUGCAGAGUACAGUAAAUGUGAAUUCCUUUUCCG